AGAAAUGUAACACAUCUCUAGUUUAGUUGAGUGCUGAUGUAAGCAGAAUCAUUUCAUAUCAUAUUCUUUUUUAUUCCCAUUGCUGUAUCUUAUUUAAAUGAAAUGGUGUAACCAGUACAAAAGAUGCAGAUUUGAAUGAAAAAUGGAUCAAGUUUAAAGAAAUACAUAAUAAAACUUAUUUCAAAUCUCAUGAGGAGACGCGAUCCCGUUUGGCCUGGGCGACAAACUAUGAUAUGAUCAUGCGGCACAACCAGGAGGCGACCGACGGCCUGCACACGUACAAGCUGAAGGAAAACAGUUUGGCUGAUUUGUCUCCCAAGCAAUAUCAGCAGCUGAUGGUAAAACUGACCAAAAGUAACAGACGAAAGCUUUCUGACAACGAGGAAAUAUUAACCUCAUCACGAGGCUUUGAUGCUGAUUUACCUGACGAGGUAGAUUGGCGCGAAAGAGGUUUUAUUACACCGCCAAUAAAUCAAUUGACAUGCGGUUCUUGCUACGCCUUCAGCAUUGUCCAUACCGUUCAAGGGCAAAUUUUUAAACAAACGGGCGAUCUAAAAUAUUUAAGCGAACAGCAGAUUAUAGAUUGCAGUACCCGAAUGGGCAACUAUGGUUGCGGCGGUGGGUCACUGCGCAAUACCUUACGUUAUAUAGAAAGGUCGGGCGGACUAAUGAGAUACCAGGAUUAUCCUUAUAAUGCUAAGCAAAAUAAAUGUCAUUACGACCGGCAUAAAUCUGUGAUCAAUAUCACUUCAUGGGCUAUUUUACCAAGCCGAGACGAAGAUGCGCUCGAGAACGCUGUUGCCAAUAUUGGUCCAAUAGCGGUGUCGAUUAAUGCAAGCCCGGAAACGUUUCAACUUUACAGUGAAGGUAUCUACGAUGACAUAAAAUGUUCUUCAAAACACGUAAAUCAUGCAAUGCUGCUAGUUGGAUACACAAAGAAGUAUUGGAUACUCAAAAAUUGGUGGGGUAGUAAUUGGGGUGAAAAUGGUUUCAUGAAACUUCGUCGAAAUGUUAAUCGAUGUGGAGUAGCAAAUUAUGCUGCAUAUUCUUUGAUAUGA